AGACAUUCUGCCUCCCGAUUGGCUGCCUAGUAGGAAGUCGUCCUGAUAUCCUGUUUACGUCCUUGAUGAUUUGAGGACCCCAUACUCUUCACGUGUUGUAAAUGUUAUGUUUCCACAUCAUGUUUAGUGUGAGGAGGAUCUGACCGGCUGCUAUGGGCUCGGUGCUGCUGCUGAUAAGUUCCGUGUACUCAGCGUCCAGGUGGAUUCCGUGGGGGAGAUCUCUCACCAGAGCUCCCCUUCUGAGGGUCGCUCCUGUUGCAGGACCUGCGUGGGUUUUAGCAGCUGGGAAGAAGGACCUCAUAGAUCUUCCUGUCCUGAACGAGGAAGACCUCGAAGAACAAUUCGUUCGAGGGUCGGGCCCGGGCGGGCAGGCUACGAAUAAAACCAGCAACUGUGUGGUGCUCAAGCACAUUCCCACUGGGAUUGUAGUGAAGUGUCAUCAAACGAGAUCGGUGGAAACAAACCGAAAACGUGCUCGAGAGAUCCUGAGAGGAAAAGUGGAUAUUGCAUGUAAAGGAGAAGACAGUGAAAUCAUCAAGAGGAAGAUGGAGUCCAUGCAGAGGAAACAAGAGAAGAGGAAAAACGCCAAUGACAAUCUAGAGAAAAAGAAAAUGUUCAAAGAAGCCCUUGCAGCGGAGAUGAAAACCAUAAAGUGACAGAUGAUUGUAAUAUUCAGUGUGGUAUAUGUUUUUCAGUGUGUGAGUGUAAAUAAUGAUAAGAGUUGUGGAUAACAAUGAUUGGCUGUACUUGAUAAGAACGUCAUUGUUAUGUUUUGAAUAAGGAACCAGACAGU